AUGGCGACUACCGUCAGCUCGCUUCGCGUCGACUUCGAGCCCAAGGAUUCAUCGCUGAAGUCUGCUAACAUCAACCUCACUGGUGCUCCGUUGAACCUCCUAAAGCUGUUCGGCUUGCGGCCGACUUCUGUGCCUGUCCCUCCGUUGCCGGAGGGCGUUCGUGUCGUCACGAUAGCAGAGUACAAGCAAGCGGCCGCGUGCCUGGCCGAGGCGUUCGCAGAGGACGAAGUAGUUCGUUAUCCUGUCGAUACACCUGACCGUGCGCACUGGACGGAGCAGGAGAAGUGGGAUCUGCACGUGGAGAUUCUUGAGUAUGUGACGUAUGCUCACAUCCUGAAGGGACUCGUCACUACGGUAGGAGACUUUGAAGCAGUCGCUCUGUGGAUGCCGCCCGGCACAAACAUGGACGACUACCUCACCAUGUUCAAAUCGGGCAUGUGGCGCCUCAACUACCGCCUCUCCGCCGAAGGCAAGCGUCGCUUCUACAACGAAUUCCUGCCCCUCCUCCACGAUACUAAGCACGGAACGCUCGGAGCCCGGGACGCUGACAGUUGGUACCUCGUGUAUAUCGGGACCAGCCUACGCGGUCGCGGCAAAGGCAACGCGAGCAAGCUCAUCCGACACGUAACGAGUCAGGCUGAUAAGGACGGCGUGCCGGUGUAUCUGGAGAGCAGCAACGAGAAGAACCCACCAAUCUAUAGGCGCUUCGGUUUUGAGACCGUGCGUACGGUGUAUCUGCAUCGCGCGGAGAAGAAUGUGGAGCUGGAUAUCAUGGUGAGGGAGCCGGUGAGGGUAGAGAAGAAGUGA